CUCUCCUUCACUCCACCUCGCAAACACCUAUUUCUCAAAUGGCGCACUGGGCUACACUGAAACCAUAAAUUCUUAAGCGAAUUGUCGCCAUAUAUGAUACCACUUUUUGGCUGGGUACUCCUGAUGAUGUCGAUAUCUAUAUUUCAUUCCUCCAGCUAAACCAAGUUUGCCAACGCUGGAGAGACACUAUAAAGCAGAGUAUCUAUACUACCGCGAUUAUUUUGUGCCGUGAGCCAACUGCUGGCCAGGUACGCCUGUAUGGCAACACCUCUGAUUCCAAUCAGCUCGCAUCCAGAGGCAUGCAUCUCACAGUCUCAUCACCACACCCUAUUCUAUGGAGAACCAACAUCCCACAUAUUGUGAGAUCAAAGAAUAGUCACUACACUCAAAGGCUGAUUAUCUCAUCUCGAGGCUGUAUCAUCGACUAUUCGUCUCUUGGAGAUAUCCUUGGAGUUUUUGGAUUUAGCACUGUCGAGUGGCUUAGAUUGGAGAAAAUAUGUUUUAUUGAGGAUCCGCAGGCGGCAAAGCAGGAUUCAGACACCAAACCUCCUAUAACUGAUGAUGUCAGAGAACGACUAUCGCAAACCUCACAAUAUUUCAUAACUCACAUUCCUCAUGGGAAGCAUCUGACUCAUAGAGCAUUUAUGUAUCCAGUGAAGAAUCUGCCAGUAUUUCCACUUGGUGAUAUGCUAAACUUUUACCUACCUCGGCUACAAACAAUAAUUUUAUCAAAUUUUGUGCUUUCAGAAUUAGACAACACAUACUUUUCUUCAUACCUCACUAGGUUGGAUCUGCACAUCAGCAGCGAGAGUGCCGAGCAUCUACCUAAGAUAUUCGCACCUUCACUUGAGAUCUUAACCCUAUUUUAUUCUGAUAUCGCACAUUCAUGGCAUAUCUUUAGAGGCAGUCUGCCUGGAUCGGUUAUCUUCGAAAAUCUCACAGAGCUUGCAAUCUAUCAUGACCCAAAAAUAAUUGGGUCCUCAGAAGAGUCGCAUACAUAUUUCUCGCCUAUAUCAUUUCCAAAGUUGAAGGAGUUACGUUUAGAUUACUAUCCAUUCAAUGAUCCCUGUUUAUCUUUCUGAUCUCAUUCACAUUCUCCCUCAACUUCCUCGUCUGCGCUGGCUCAUUGUUGGAGCCAUAUACUA